CUAAUUCUGGACAUAUAGUUUUUAGUCAUAUUAGUGCUAAGUUUUUCAUUUAUUUUCUUGGAUUUGGUGAUUUUAUUCAUAUUGAUGAGCAGCAUAAUUUGAUAACUCUUUUUGGGAAAGCUUUAGAGUUAUAUAGGUUUUUUAAUGAAUUCUCUAUGAAGAAUUUGUUAUGA